AUGGCCCACUCACCCGCGUGCAACUACAACGCCGCAAAGCAGCCCGGCUCGGCCUUCCAUGACAGAAGGGGCGUGUUCAUCUCCCAUAGUCGGGUCCACCGGGUGUUUUCAAUGGCAAAUGUCCAGGGCCGGACCUCGCUCGCUGCCAUCCGCUCACCGCCGGACCUUGCUCGCUGCCGGCCGCUCACCGCCGGAGCACGCUCACGGCCCGCUGCCGGAGCACGCUCGCAGCCCGCUGCCAGAGCUCGCUUGCAACCGAUCACUCGUGACCGGGCGCUCGCUGAAAGAAGAUUCGCCUGUGCCCCGCCGGCUUCUCUUUGGCAGAAGGGCGCCGUGAACCGAUCCGCCUUCAGCAGCACCAAGAGUGGCCAGUCGCAGAGCUGGAGUCCCGUUGCCCCCUCCAUCUACGUCUGUAAGAUGCCACCAAAGGGAAUAAAACACAGUGCAGACUCUGAAUAUACGAAAUUCCUGCAAAUGGAACAUGCUUUUGAAAAUCCAGAGAAAUCAUCACAAAUGAAGAAGAAACGUCAUUCCAAAACCUCAAAUUCAGUGGAUUCAUUUGAAAUGACAGCUGCAGGUGCAGGUCGAGAGAUCAGCAUGCUUUUUGCAAAGUUUGCAGAUAUGUUAUCUGAGAGAGCAGCAGUGGAUACAGCUCAAAGGAAGGAGCUGGAGAGCCUUCUCCAGGAAGCUCAAAAUCUUGAAUCUGUCCUGAAAGAUAAGAAGAAUCACCUCAAGCAAACAUUGGUUCAGAUUUCUGAUAAAUUGUAAUGUUGUUUUUGCUGCAUGAACUAUGUACUUAAGAGUUUUCAUUGUACUGUGAAAUAAGUCAUUUUGUGUUCCCUCUAAACUUCGUGGAGAAUCUUAAUUCACUCCUGAAAUUCACAUGGCAGUAUACAUAUUACCAAAAUACAAUAUAUGAUAUUUUUGUGACUAUAAUUGCUGUUACGCUUGUUUGGUUUUACAUGGUAAUUGGAAAAGAUUAAAUGAAAUGUGUGUGUGUGUGUGUGUGUUCUUUUUGCACUGCCAUUUGGAAUCAUAAGAAAAGCGUGACUGCUAUGAUUGUAAUAUUAAUUGUGUUUUGAAUGACCUAUGUUUGAAGCUAACCCAGUUAAUUUAGAACAUUUACUUAGUUUUAGUCUUUGAAUUUUCUUGGUGAAAUGUUAAAUACAAUAUGUUGCUUAUAUUAAUUCUAAAGAUAUUACCACAAGAUGGAGACAAACUAUUUGA